ACCGAAACAACCAUGGCAUCCCUUACGCCUGCUAGCCAAUCGCCGCUGAACGUCAAUAAUUUCCUGAAGCAAUUAAAAUGGGUCGUCACAGGUUCGUUCCUUGCCUAUAUCACUGAUCUACGGGUGAAUUUGUAUGCAUUGUUGAUAUCUCAUGGCUGGCCAUCAACACUCAGCAAGGUCUCAAUUGCUUUGUUAGGAUUAACGACAUUGUUGUUCUUAUAUCUACUAAUAUGGUUACCGUAUAUUAGAAAUACACUCCCUGAUUACCAGCAUUGGAGCAGCGAGGCUCAUACGAAGUCAAUUAUACCUAUACUAACCUUAUCGAUUUUGAUCGGAUGGUCCAGCUUAUUUAUUGCAUUUGCAUCCGUGCAUUCCAUCAUAUUCUCUUUCUUCAUUACUUGUUCAGUUUAUUUACUUGUAUUCGGUAGCGUCGGUCUUAUUCCUACAAAAAGAAGACUUCCUAGUAAAGAAAUGUAGUUGUUUUCAUUCAUAGAUAUG